AUGCCACUCCUCGUCCAGGCACCAGGGACAUGGGCUGGAUGGAGGCACCUCUGCUCUGCUGGGGACACGGGCAAACCAGCCCUAAAGGCUGAUCCCGUGACCAGAAUGCGCGCGUCUCGCAGGUCUCCAGUAGCUUCUGUGAUUCUUGGAAUGGUUGCUGGCAGUGCUAUCAAGCAGAGAUCUCGGGCUGCAGAGUCCGGUGAUUCCCGUAGGCGAGCUUUGGUCACCGGAGCAAAUUCCGGCAUCGGUUUGGCAACGGCCGUAGACCUGGCCUCUAAAGGAUGGGAGGUCGUUCCUCUAUGCCGCUCGAAAGAGAAGGCCCGUGAGACGAAAGAAGAUAUCGUGGACUUGGUGCCAGAGGCUGUGAUUGGUGAAGUUGAUGUUCCUUGCGACUUGGCAGACUUGCCAUCAGUGGCCAGGUGCGCCAAAGCCCUUUCGCGUUCGGCAGGGCAGUUUGAUGCAUUGAUUUUCAAUGCUGGUAUUGAUGGUGCUCCGCUCGAGAGAACUCCCCAGGGUCAGGAGCUUCAUUUCGCAGUCAACCACCUUGGACAUUUCGCUUUGUGGAUGGGAUUGAAGAGUUGUUUGGCUGAGAAAGUUCGGGUUGUGACAGUGACCUCCUCAGCUGCCUUGGAUGCAGAACUGGAUCUGGAUGAUUUGGAUUGGAAACGACGUGACUACGGAAGACAUGAGGCCUAUGCUGCAUCGAAGGCCUGUAACGUCCUUUUUGCUGAAGAGCUCGCACGACGAUUUCACGCGAAAGGUAGUUUCGCUUCAGCAAACUCAAUCGAUCCCGGGCCGACAGCCACGCAGAUCGUGCGAUACUCGCUUCCAGAGCGGGCAUUGCAGCGCCGAGAUAUGGAUCCUGGAUCCUGCACAGCUCGCUAG